AGAGACCUGUGAGGAGAAAUGUCACUGUGGAAGGGCAUACCCAUCGUGGAGUUCGACCCUGAGACCUCGGGCUCGUCAUCCCAGUUUGAAAGGACUCGAAAGCAUCACUACAAGAAUCUGUCAUCGAUCAAUUGGCCCCAUGAAUACGCCCGGCGGGAGGAGAUCAAGUCGAGCGUGUCGAACCAUUCUCCUAAUUGGGGGUCAUACUGGAGACUGAGCUCGACCUGGACCGUGAUAAUCGGUACAGGUGCGAUGAUUGGUGUUGUAACGGCGAAUAUCGACUACCUCUAUAAGUGGCUCACGGACUUGAAAGGUGGUGUGUGUCAGAAUGGAUUCUAUAUGACUUACGGUAACUGCUGUAAAGGUAUAAACGAGGGAGACAUUUGUGAGGAAUGGCGACAGUGGGACCAGGUCAUUGGAAUCAGUGGUAGCACCGCAGGCUCGUUUAUAUACAAGUAUUUUCUGUUCAUCGUGACCUCAUUGAUACUUGCUACGUGUUCCGCUUUACUCGUGAAAGACGCAGAUUUCGUAAAGACAAGUGGUAUCUCUGAAGUUAAGACAAUCAUCAGUGGUGUUGUAAUAAAGGACUUCCUGAGUUUGAAAACCAUGAUGGUUAAGCUCAUUGGGUUGACCCUCACAGUCAGUUCUAACCUGUGGGCAGGGAAAGAAGGUCCACUGGUUCAUAUCGCGUGCUGCUGUGCAGAGUUUGUGAUGCAUUUCUUCCCAGUGUUGGACGACAACGAGGCAACUAGACGUGAGUUGUUGCUGGCCGCCAGUGCCUCUGGUAUAUCUGUUGCAUUCAAUGCCCCAAUCAGUGGUGUCAUCUUCACUCUGGAACAAUUGACGUCGUAUUUUUACACUAGUACGAAGAUGUGGACCUCUUUUAUAUGUGCAAUGACGGGGACUAUCCUGCUGAAUUCAUUCAAGGAAGGCAUUGACGUCUACGUUACGAUGGAUAACCAAUGGUUGGGGUUUGAACUCUUUGGGUUCAUGAUUCUGGGUAUAUCUGGUGGACUAUUCGGUGCCAUCUUCAACAAGAUGAACAUGAAAUUUGCACAGUUCAGAAAAGACCAUAUAAGUUCGAGGGGAAGUCAUUAUGAAGUUGUUGAAGUUUUAGUGCUCUCAGUUGUGACUUCACUUGUCACGUAUCCCUUGGUGUUUCCCAGACUUCCCCUCAACACACUAAUCUCAAGGCUUUAUAAAGACUGUGAUGGUGUCGACGAAAACAUCAUGGGUGGGCUGUGUUCUGAACAUCCUGGUUACAGCAUUGCAUUGUUGAUAUGUACCGGCAUAACUGCAUGCAUAUUGACUUCGUAUACUUUUGGUACCAUUGUGCCAGCUGGGGUAUUGACGCCCGCAUUAGCCAUAGGAGCCAUCUUUGGACGUCUGUUGGGCAUCACCAUGGAGAGUUUCCAAACGUCGUCACCUUUUCUCUCAGACCUGUGCAGAGAAUCCUCAAACCUGUGUAUUUCUCCAGGAGCAUAUGCUGUAGUUGGAUCUGCUGCAUUCUUAGCAGGUGUAACGAAGAUGACGGUAUGGGUGGUUGUUACUGUUUUUGAACUGACAGGUGCACUGACCUAUGUUUUACCCAUCAUGAUGACUGUCAUCAUUGCUCGGUGGACAAACGACCAAUUUGACGAGAUGAACUGUUAUGAUACAUGGAUCAGGUUUUUCCAUUACCCAUACCUCAUGGAGCCCAAUCGUCCUCUACCAUUGACGAAAGCCAUUGAAAUCAUAAAGCCUCUUGAUGAAGUCAAGGCAAUCUACCUGGAAGAUGCCAUGACAUUAGACUUCCUGAAUCGGCUGUUGUCACUGGAGUACCAAGGCUUGCCGAUUCUUCGAAGCCGUACAAACCCACAACUUUACGGAUGGGUUUCACUGGCAGAGCUGGCGUGCGAGCUCGAGUCGCUCCAACUCUCGCCAGACUACAACGGUGAAGCCAGGGCUUCCUUCGUUCCAACUCAUGACGACGGCAUCUGUCUACUAACGCAUCUAGUGGAAAAGGACUAUAUAAUCUUAAACCCACAACUGCCGCUACCUUCGCUGGUUGACGUCUUCUUCAACAUGAAACCGCAGUUCGCGCUCUUCUGCCAGGACGGACUGUUUGUCGGUAUCUUGACGCUCAAGGACAUUUCAAGGGUGGUCCAAGGUGCAAAGGUCAAGCGCGUGAUGCUAUAGGAAACGCCACCUGGCGACUACAUAGAACUAUAAUGAAGACCGUGUGUG